CCUGUAGUGGACUACCGCAGCAUCACCGGAGGGGCAGGCACACUGUGUAAGACAUAUUUCUUUUAGUGUUAUUUUUAAUCUGGUUAUGCACGGCGCUUCUCUGGCCCUAUUCUGGCGAACAAGCUUUUCGCGGGGUACAAUUCGCACAUCUCCAUCUACUACCGGCUUCAGACCCCUCAUCCGCAUAUCUUGGACUGCUCAAUUUUCUCGCGCCUCCACUCGUAGUAGCAUGGCGACUGCCGUUAAUGCCGCAAGGGAUCCCAACACCCUCAGCAAUUACAACGACUGGCGUUGCACCCACAUUACCGCCAAUUUUGACAUACUCUUUCGUGAAAAAAAGCUUGUGGGCAGCGUCCUUCAGACAUUCAAGUCAGCCACCGAUGGCGAGUCCCACGAGAUUGUCUUGGACUCGAAUCAUGUGGAUAUCAGUAGUGUCAAUCUUGAUGGCAGGCCUUUGAGCUGGGAGCUUCUUCCGCCUUGCGACCCAUACGGCAGUGCACUGAAGAUCAAGCUUGACCGGAGCGUGAAAAAGAAUGAGAUGAUUGUGAUCGAGAUCGCUCUUCAGACCACUCAGAAAUGCACUGCCCUCCAGUGGCUGACUCCGGCCCAAACCUCGAACAAAAAGCAUCCGUACAUGUUUUCUCAAUGCCAGGCUAUUCACGCUCGCUCUAUAUUUCCAUGUCAAGAUACGCCUGACGUCAAGUGUACUAUUGACUUCAACAUCUCGUCACCAUUGCCUGUGAUCGCGAGUGGUCUGCCCGUCCGUGAUUCGUUGGAAACGCCCCUUCCUAACGAAAAUACACUGUACCGGUUUCACCAGCGAGUGCCAAUUCCAAGCUAUCUUUUCGCUCUGGCUAGCGGCGAUAUCUCCGAGGCAGGCAUUGGCCCCCGAAGUGUUGUUGCUACCAGUCCAGACCAGCUCGGUGAAUGCCAAUGGGAGCUCGAAGCCGAUACGGAGAAGUUCAUUGAAGCAAUAGAGAAAAUUGUCUACCCAUACGCUUGGGGCAAAUACAAUGUUUUGAUUCUCCCGCCAAGCUUUCCUUACGGGGGAAUGGAAAACCCGAUCUUCACUUUUGCCACACCCAGUAUUAUCUCCAAGGACAGGGAAAACAUUGAUGUCAUUGCCCAUGAGCUUGCGCAUAGCUGGAGUGGAAAUCUUGUCACUAAUGCUUCAUGGGAGCAUUUCUGGCUCAACGAGGGCUGGACCACUUAUUUAGAAAGGCGGAUCCUUGCUGCGGUCCAUGGCGAGCCGUAUCGGCACUUCUCCGCUAUCAUAGGUUGGAAAGCGCUCACAGACUCCGUGGAGCAUUUUGGACAUGACCAUGAAUUCACCAAGCUCGUCACCGAUCUAAAAGGAAAAGAUCCUGAUGAUGCGUUCUCCAGCAUCCCAUACGAGAAGGGAUUCAACUUUCUGUUUUACUUGGAAAAUCUGGUUGGAAAGCAUAAGUUUGACCAGUUCAUCCCCCAUUACUUCACACUUUUCAAGGAAAAAUCUCUGGAUUCCUUUGAGUUCAAAGCGGCUAUGCUAGAGUUUUUCCAGUCUGACACCCAGGCUUCCAAGCUAUUGAAAGAUCUUGACUGGGAUAAAUGGUUUUAUGCCCCGGGCUUGCCUCCCAAGCCGGAGUUCGAUACAUCGCUUGUUGAUGUUGUCUAUAGCCUCUCGAAAAAGUGGAGCACCCUUCCCAGCUCCACUUUCAACCCGCAGCCAAGCGAUAUCAAGGACUUGACAGCCAACCAAAUCGUUGUCUUCUUAGAACAAGUCCUUCUUUUUGAGAACCCACUGACACCGGAGCUGUCGAGGCUCAUGGGGGACGUGUAUGGCUUUGCGAAGAGCGAAAACAUAGAAGUCGCCAACCUGUAUCUUCAAGUUGGUUUGAAAGCUGGUGACAGCACUGUCCUUGGGCCGACAACACGAUUGCUUGGUAGGAUCGGUAGGAUGAAAUUCGUGAGACCUUUGUAUCGAAGCUUGCAGAAAGUCGAUCGUGCAGUCGCUAUUGAGACCUUCGAGCAAAACAAGGACUUCUAUCAUCCCAUCUGCCGCGCCAUGGUCGAGAAAGACUUGUUUGGGAAGAAAGAUGCGUGAUAUAUCUGCCGCCACCUUGGCAUCAUGCUUCUAGACACCUUAAGGGCCCGCGAUUGACUGAACAUGCCGGUGGAUCCUCAUCCUCUUACAUAUUACAAUAUAUUCCCACCCCUACGUUGUGAAAACCUUGACUGUAAUUCUGAGGAAGGAAUGUUUACUAUGUAUAUAACUGGGUGCAAAAUGGCCUGUGACCAAAAGUUCGAUUGACCAACUCCAAUCAGUACUGUUGAAGAUUCUUUCUUUCUCUUUUCUUUUCUGGUCUUUUUCCCCCUCCGCUUUCGAAAUCU